AGUAGUCGUCUGGGAUAUGAUGGCUUGUGAAAAGAGCAAGAUACUCAUAAUCGGAGCUACAGGUUACCUUGGCAAAUACAUGUUGAAGGCAAGCGUCUCUUUGGGACAUCCAACCUAUGCCUAUGUGCGACCAAUCAAACCCAAAACCGAUUCUUCCAAGCUUCUUCUGCACAAAGAAUUUGAAGCCAUGGGAGCCACCAUCUUCCAAGGUGAACUGGACGAUCAUGAAAAGCUAGUCAAAGCAGUCGAGCAAGUUGACGUUGUAAUAUCCACGGUGGCUGUCCCUCAACAUCUUGAACAGCAGAAACUAAUCAAGGCCAUUAAAGAUGCUGGAAAUAUAAAGAGAUUUAUUCCGUCAGAAUUUGGAAAUGAAGUUGACAGAAUAAGUGGGCUGCCGCCUUUCGAGGCUUUACUUGAUAACAAAAGGAAGAUCAGAAGGGCGAUCGAAGCAGCAGGAAUUCCAUAUACUUAUGUGUCUGCAAACUCAUUUGGUGCAUAUUUUGUUGAUUAUUUGCUUCAUCCUCGUGAAAAAACAAACCACCAAGUCACUGUUUAUGGCACUGGUGAAGCCAAAGCCCUCCUGUCUCCGGACAACGUAGCGGUGUCAAUUCUGCACAACAUAUUCAUUAAAGGGGAUCAAAUGAGUUUUGAACUAACAGAAAAUGACCUAGAGGCCUCCGAGUUAUAUCCUGAUUACAAGUGCACUUCCAUUGAUAGCUUCCUCGACAUUUGCCUGGUGGAUCCUCCCAAGCCAAAAUUAGCAGCAUUUGAAUGA